GUCCUGGCUGCUGCCCAGGUUCCUGCCUGUGUUGGAUGUAGGACUAAGUUGGAUAUGUUGGAGGACCAGGAAAUGCCAGGCAAAUCUGGGUGAACAUGCCCAGGAACUUGCCACACAGGUGACAAGGAAGCACGGAUCAGUUGCCUUCCGUGGCCCGCUGAGGGCUUGAAGGUUGAAGCAGAAGUUUCAAGAUGACCCGAAUUGGGAGGUGCAAGCCAGAUCCACGUCUGGGAUGCUACCCACAGCAGUUGUGUUAUAAGCCUGGGGGGGACACGAUUGGCUCAGGGCCACCAGUGCUCUCUCUAAGCUUUGUCCAGACUGUUUGCUUUCCCUUCCCCCAGAUCCAGGGAUGCUGGUGGGUCUGGAGCACGGAAGGUGACCCCUGUUCUAUAAAUAUAAACAGGAAGGGACAGGAACCAUGCUCCUCCUGAGCUGUCCUCUGAGGAAAGAGUUGAUCUCCCCACCCUGACUCCUUUGUCACCCUGCUGAAGAGCAGGGAGAGCCCCUACUCCCGCAUGCCAACCCACAGGCCUCAUCCCUGGCCACCCAGCUCCAGGGGUGGAGGCAGCCUAGCCAUGGCUUUGAAGGACUGUUUUAUAUGAAAGCCACACCCCUACAAAAUUGUGAUGGAGCCUAAGGUACUCUUCUGAGAUUGCCCAGGGCUCCAGUUCAGACUGGGCAUUCCUGUCGGGCUGGCACUGGGAGGGAGGUUGCGAAAGGACCCACCGAUGGCAAGAUCCUCGGCCCCAGUGCUCACUACUAUUUGGGGGGACCACUGUCUGCUGUCCUGUUCAGCCUCCAACAGCAAGAGGAGAGCCCCCCCGUCUAAGUUAGGGCUGGUUGGCUAGCCCAGCUAGUGACAGCUGCAGAGAAUGGACUUCAGGGAGCCUGUAGCCAACUCCUGGAGGGCCUGGUGGCUACUGUUUCUGAGGGGAGCUGUGGGCUUCUCUAAGCAAAGAGAGGAAUACUUUCCAGCUCCAGGACCAGACGGAGUGGAAGCCAGAACUGGGAUGGAGCAAACCUGCCCGGUCUACAUGCAGGCAAAGGUGCCAGAGACACACCUGCUCACUGUCCGCGUCCUCCAGGCUAGUGGCCUGCCUUCCAAGGACCUAGUGACAUCCUCUGACUGCUAUGUGACUCUGAACCUGCCCACGGCCUCCAGCGGCACGCUCCAGACACGCACAGUCAAGAACAGCAGAAACCCAGUCUGGAAUCAGAACUUCCACUUCCGGAUCCAUAGGCAGCUCAAGAAUGUUAUGGAACUGAAAGUCUUUGACCAGGACCUGAUGACCAAAGAUGACCCAGUGUUGUCAGUGCUGUUUGACGUGGGGACUCUGCAAGUUGGGACUCAGCGCCAGAGCUUCUCAUUGAGCGCUCAGGAGGAUGGGCGCUUGGAAGUUGAGUUUCGGCUACAGACUCUGACAGACUGUGAGGAACAGCUUAUCAGCAAUGGUAUCCUGGUGGCCCAGGAGCUCUCCUGCUUGCAUGUUGAACUGAAGAGGACAGGAGACCCAAAGAGGUCAGAGCGCAAAGUUCAACUUGUGGUUGCUGCGGCCUGCGAGGGUCCACAGGAAGCCCCUGUGGGCACCGGGUCUUUCCGCUUCCAUUAUCCAGCCUGCUGGGAGCAAGAGCUCAGUGUUCAUCUGCAGGAUGACCCCCAUGAGCAGCUGAAGGUGCCAUUGCGAACUCUACCCUCUUCGCAGCUGGUGAGACUUGUCUUCCCCACGUCCCAGGAGCCACUGAUGAGGUUGGAACUCAAGAAAGAAGACGGGCCAAAGGAGCUGGCCGUGCGGCUGGGCUGUGGGCCCUGCCCCGAGGAACAGGCCUUCCUAAGCAAGAGGAAGCAGGUGGUGGCCGCCGCCCUGAAAAAGGCCUUACAGCUGGACCAAGACCUGCAGGAGGACGAGAUCCCAGUGAUUGCUGUGAUGGCCACUGGUGGUGGGAUCCGGGCGAUGACUUCGUUAUACGGACAGCUGGCUGGCCUGAAGGAGCUUGGCCUUCUGGACUGCAUCUCCUACAUCACUGGGGCUUCAGGGUCCACAUGGGCAUUGGCCAAUCUCUAUGAGGACCCAGAGUGGUCUCAGAAGGACCUAGCAGGGCCCACUGAGAUGCUGAAGACCCAGGUAACAAAGAGCAAACUGGGCGCAUUGGCCCCCAGCCAGCUUUGGCGGUACCGGCAAGAGCUGGCUGAGCGUGCUCGCCUGGGCUACCCAACCUGCUUCACCAACCUGUGGGCCCUUAUUAAUGAGGCCUUGCUGCACGACAAGCCACAUGAACACAAACUCUCAGAUCAACGAGAGGCCCUGAGUCGAGGCCAGAACCCUCUGCCUAUCUACUGUGCCCUUAAUAGCAAGGAGAAGGGCCUAAGCACCUUUGAAUUUGGCGAAUGGUGCGAGUUCUCUCCCUACGAAGUCGGCUUCCCCAAGUACGGAGCCUUCAUCCCCUCUGAGCUCUUUGGUUCUGAGUUUUUCAUGGGGCGGCUGGUGAAGCAGCUCCCUGAGUCUCGCAUUUGCUUCCUGGAAGGUAUCUGGAGCAAUCUGUUUGCAGCCAGCCUCCAAGACAGCUUCUACUGGUCCUCUGAACCCAGCCAGUUCUGGGACCGCUGGGCCCAGGAUCAGGCCAAUCUGGACAAAGAGCAGGUCUCCCAUCUGAAGAUAGCAGAACCUCCCACAGCGGCUGGCAAGAUCGCAGAGCUCUUCACUGACCUCCUGACAAAGCGCCCCCUCGCCCAGGCCACCCACAACUUCAUGCGCGGUCUCCAUUUCCACAAGGACUAUUUCCACCACCCUCACUUCUCCACCUGGAAAGCUUCCAAACUAGACAAGUUCCCCAACCAGCUGACACCCGCCGAGCCCCACCUCUGCCUCCUGGAUGUUGGCUAUUUCAUCAACACUAGUUGCCCACCCCUCCUUCAGCCAACACGGGAUGUGGACCUCAUCUUGUCACUGGACUACAACCUCUCCGGAGCCUUUCAGCAGCUGCAGCUUGUGAGCCGGUUCUGCCAGGAGCAGGGCAUUCCUUUCCCAUCCAUCUCGCCCAGCCCUGAGGAGCAGCGUCAGCCUCAGGAGUGCCAUAUGUUCUGUGACCCAGCCCAGCCCGAAGCCCCAGCUGUGUUGCACUUCCCCCUGGUCAAUGACUCCUUCAGGGACCACUCAGCCCCUGGGGUGCCACGGACGUCGGAGGAGAAGACAGCUGGGGAGGUGAAUCUGUCUUCCUCCAACUCCCCAUAUGACUACACAAAAGUGACCUACAGCCAGGAAGAUGUGGACAAGCUGUUACGACUGACGCAUUACAACAUCUGCAACAACCAGGAUCGGCUGCGGGAGGCCAUGCACCAGGCCGUGCAGCGGCGGAGAAACCGCAGACAGUUUAGGCGGGAGUGACAGCUGAGGUACCCUGGCUGGACUCCUCCUGGGUCACUCUUGAUCUUCAGCUCCUUCCCCUUCUGCACUCAGUUCAAGACCAGCAUCACCAUGUGCUCCAGAGGCCCUGAGGACUCUGAUGUCCAGGCACAGCUCCACAAAGAUGUGUGUCUGGGACCUCAUAGGUGACGCUAACCUGUCAGCAGCCCUGUCACAGAGUCUAGACUGGAAGCUGCAAGCAGUGGUGCUAUGGCUGUCGUUCAUGGAUGGACUAGGGGCUUGUUAGAGAUGGGAGCAGUGUUGGCUGCACAAUGGGACACUGCAGCAUGGAACACUUUACUGUGACAGGGGCUCUUAUAAACGGGAGGCGUUUGUGACGCUGUCCCAAGACCA